CAAUAAAAUGUUUAGAAGUUUGGUCUUCAUCACAUUUAUAUCUGUUUAUCUACUGAGUCUGCACUGCUCGGAUGCCGCGUACUACAUCCACGCAAUUGAAGAUGACGCCAAAGAGAUUUCUGAGCAUGUGGGUAAAAGUGAUUCCAAUAUAAGAGAAGAGGAAACAUUAUUCGAUUUCACAAAUGAGAAUUUUACAGAGGAUGAAGUAUCCUUAUGGGGGGAAAGCAGUGAUACUGUGAGGGAACCAGGCAAAUCAAAGGGCACUUUUGUUCUUCAAAAAUCUAAGUUGUUCCAACGUGCUAUAUUCUUUGCUCUGUUGAAUCCCCAGCCCAAUGGAGCUGGAUUUGUAGGAGUGUACACUAAUACAACAAAUAUGGAACAGUUUUCAACUAAGACAGGCUUCAAAAUCAAGUGUAGAGGCCAAGGAAUGAUGAAAUAUUGGAAGAUUGUUUUAAGUAAAGGAUCUUAUGAAGCCAAAUUUGAAUUAAACACUGAAAAUUUGGAUUUUGAGUAUAUAUCCAUUCCUUUUCAUCAGUUUAAGGCAUACUAUAGAGGAGCACUAAUAAUAGACGCACCUCCCCUUGAGAUAGCUCAGGUUCAAACUUUUGGAUUUCAAGUGUACGGUGGAGUGUAUGAUAUGUACAAACAAGCAGGUGCCGGGGCCCUGGAACUAGAUUAUGUACAGUUAUACUAGCUUGUAUGUUUUGUAUUUUUAGAAAUAAAAAAAUAGUUGUUGAGGAA